AUGGCGGGCUCGCUGCGAAUUGCCCCCAGCUCCCUGCCGCAAGCCCUCGGCCAGGAAGACGUCGGACCGAAAGUUUAUAAAUCAGAGUGCUGUGAGGGAGGCCAGCCCCCGCCGGGAGACGGAAGCGAAGACCCGGCCCCGAACCACCCUUACUCGGUGGAGACGCCCUACGGCUUUCACUUGGACCUUGACUUUCUGAAGUACGUCGACGACAUUGAGAAAGGGAACACCAUCAAGAGGAUCUCCGUCCGCAGGAAGGCCAAGCAGGCCAAGUUCAGCACCCUGCCCCGGAACUUCGGCCUCCCCGAGCCGGGCCCGCGGCCCGCCCCGCCGCCCCCGGGCCCGGCGGAGCCCCCGGAUGCGUCCCUCAAGACGGGGCCGGCCGUCCCCUUGCUGCCCCCGAGGGGGUCCGUCCAGCUCCCCGGGGACGGGCGCGCCGGGCGCCUCUGCGGGGCGGAGUUGCGUGUGGCCACCGAGGAGGCCGGCGGGAGAGGACGGCCGCAGCUGCUGAGGGCUUCCAGCAUGCCCGUCGCCCUCCCGUGGAACCGCGGGUCGGACGAGGCCGGCCCGACGGCCGCUCCCGCGCGGCUCCCGGUCCUCCCUCCGCUGCGGGACGAGGCGCGGGUCUCCGAGGGCGCCUUCGGCCCCGCGCCGGGGCUCCCCGGUGCCCUCGGACACCCGCCGCCGCCGCCGCCCCCGCCUCAGCCCCGAGGCCGGGAGGCCGAGGAGCCGAUGCCAGCGGUGCCCGAGCGAGGAUGGCAGGGGGCGGACCAUCCCCCGGGGGAGGAGGAGGAGGCAGGGGACGGGCACGACGACUCCCUCCCGCCCGAGGCCUCGCCACCCCAGGAUCGGCUCACGGGCGCAGAGGGACCGGGCGAAGACGCCGUCGGCCCGGGGCCUGAGGCGGAGGCCCGGCUCGGGGGUCUCUUCCCCAGUCCGCCCCCGCUCCCGUCGCCCACCCUCGAAAACCAGCUCCUGCCGGAAAUAGAGCUCAACAUCAGGGAACUCCCGCCCCCUCCCCCGCCUCCCGGUAAGACCUGCGCCCAGAGCCCGGACCCUUGCCCGCCUCAGGCCCCCUCGGGCCUCGACCCUUCGCGGCAGGAAGAGGAAGGGACCGGUAGCGUGGCCGCCCUGAAGGAGCGGGUCGCGGAGCUCGAGAGGGAGCUGGCACGGAGGACCGAGGCCCUGGAGCGGGCCGGGGCCGCUCUCCGCCUGCGGGCCGAAGAGGUGGCCGCCGGGGAGGGCGGCACCGGCCGACCGGAAGGCCGGAACGGCCGGGGAGGCGUCCGGGACGUCGGCGACACCGAGCCGGGCGGGCCGCGGGGGCGAGGCCUCAGAGACGCCACCACCAACACGGGGCCCCUCGACGGGGGCCCGGUCAGGGAGUCCCGCGACAAGGCCGUCCACGUCCGCUUCCCGGUGGCCGAGGGGCCGCCCGGCGGGCCGCAGACCGGGGAAGAGGACGUUGGCCUGGGUGUGGUGGGGCCCCGGCGGGCUGAGGAGGGAGGGCCGGCCAGCGGAGCCGGAGGAGAGUCGCCCGAGACCCUCCCUCCGGGGCCCGAAGCCAACGCGGAAUCCCCCGCCAGCCCCCCGCGAUAUCUGUUGACCGAACUCAAGAUCGAGGAAGGAGCAGCGGAUGGCCAGAGCCAGGAGCAGAGUCCGGGCGGGCGGUGGAAGGAUGGGCCCACGGCCGAAGUCGGCGGCCCCGGCCCCGGCCCGGACCCGGCCUCCUCCUCCUCCUCCUCCUCGGAGGGCGCUCCCCUCGGACGGCCGGAGGGAGGGGGCCGGGAAGAGCCGCGGCCCGACGGCGGGACCCCGGCCGACGCCACGCUGGGCCAGUACGUGAAGAAGAUCCAGGAGCUGCUUCAGGAGCAGUGGCUCUGCCUGCAGCACGGCUACCCCGAGCUGGCCAGUGCCAUCAAGCAACCGGCCUCCAAGCUCAGCUCCAUCCAGAACCAGCUGGUCAACUCCCUCAACCUGCUGCUGUCCGCCUACUCCAACCAAGCCCCGGCCCCGGCCCGGGACCCCGACGAGGACCCGGCCCCCGACCGCCGGCCCCCGGAGAUCUCCCCAUCGCCCAGCCUGAAGUCCAUAAUGAAAAAGAAGGAGUCUGGCUUCCCGCCCGGAAGUCCCGGGACCAAAAAGAACCUGCAGUUCGUGGGGGUGAACGGUGGGUACGAGACCACCUCCAGCGAAGAGACGAGCGGCGAAGACAGUCCCGCCGAGGGUCUCUCCGACAGCGAGGUGGAGAGGAGGUGCGAGGCCCCGGAAGGCGGGAGCGGGCGGGAUGUCGCCGAAACUGCCCGGGACCCCUCCGAGACCACCGGUCAGCAGAGGGGAGGACCGGGAGACCGCGUGGCGGCCGGCACGCCGCCCAGGUCCGAGAGGUGCAAGCCGUCGGAAGAGUUUCUGUCCGGCUGCCGGCUGCUGAGCAGACAUCUUUCGGACCUGAAGACCAGUGUCGACCCGCUCGUGAGACAGAGCUACGACGCCGUCUGCCAAGAAUGGUUCCGGGUCUCCGGUCGGAAAUCGUCCAGCCCCGCCGCCGUGGACGCUUACCUCGAGGGCUGCCGGGCCGUCCGCCCCGAAGCCCUGGAGAUGCUCGUCAACCUGGCCGACGGGAACGGGAAUACGGCCCUCCACUACAGCGUGUCCCACUCCAACUUCGCGGUGGUGAAGCGUCUCCUGGAGACAGGUGUGUGCCACGUGGACCUCCAGAACCGGGCCGGAUAUACGGCCGUGAUGAUCACCCCGCUGGCGGCGGCCGAGACCGAGGAGGACGUGGCCGUGGUCUUGAGGCUACUGAGGGAAGGAGACGUGAAUAUCCGGGCCUCUCAGGGAGGGCAGACGGCCCUGAUGCUGGGGGUGAGCCACGACCGCGGGGACAUGGUGACGGCCCUGCUGACCUGCCACGCGGACGUCAACCUGCAGGACCACGCGGGGACCUCGGCCCUGAUGCUGGCCGCCCGGCACGGCAACGCCGACAUGGCUAAGAUCCUCCUGGCUCACCCGGGGUGCGACGCCUCGCUGACCGACAAGGCCGGCCAUUCGGCUCUGUCCUUGGCGCUGAGGUCCCCGGGCCAGGGGGAGGUGGCCGAGCUGCUGCGGGCCCACGCGGAAGGCGGCGGGUCCGCCCGCCCUUAGCGGCGCCGCGGACGCACGGCCCCUUCUCCGCCGGCCCGGACGCCGCCGGAGACGGGGCCCGCGGCGAGGCAGCUGGACGGCGGGCUGCUCCGCCAACAUCCCCCACGCCCCGCCGCUCGUCGAGAGGUACGUCGGAAGCCUCGGUCCGGGCCCGGGAAGGGACAAGCCGCCCGGGAGUCCGAGGCCGGCCUGGACCCCGACCUCCCUCCCUCCAUCCUGAGCGAAGCGUCGUUUCCUUCCGGAUCCCGUCCGAAGCCGUCGGCUGAGCUCAUGCCGCGGGCCUGGAGUCCGAGGAGCGUGACCGCCGCCCGCGUCGCCGGACCCACGGGGACGCGCGAUGCCACACGCGUGACCCCGGACGCACGCUGUCCUGAGGUACGACCUCACGCUCGCCAUUUCCCGGGAGGACGUGGAACCCAAUCCUAGGGGGUGUCUCCAGGAGGACCCCUGACCCCGCCGUCCGCUUCUAACUCGAGACACCUCCUCCCAAGCUGCCGUUACCAGGCCUCGACACCCGACGGUGGGAGGCCGGAUGCCGGAUACGAAGGCGCCCAGUGCCGUAUCCGAACCGGACAGGGGACCGGCCAGCUGGAAACCGGAACACCCGGGAACACGCUGGCGGGGGCCGCCGUCCGGCGCUCGGCUCAGUGGGGGCCGGGGACAGGGAGGGAGUCCGGGGGAGAGCGCGCCUGGGUCCCCAUCCCACCCCCGGGGCCGUUCGGGGUUCUGGAGUCGGCCUCGCCGUGGGGCAGCGUUCCCAGAUCCGUCCGGACCCGUCGAGGCGAACCAUUUCCCGAGGCCCAGCUUGGGGGUCACUGGCCGAGAACGGCUCGGGACGGUCUCUUCCCGCUCUCUCCCGGGCCAGCUCCGGCCCUGCCGGACUCAGGGGCGGCAGAGCUAGGGGUGAGGGCCGGUUCAACCCACCGCCCAGCCGCUCCUCGUCCGGUCGCCGGAAACCGUCUCGGCCGGGCCCGCUGCAGAGGAAAUCUGAUACUCCCAUUCUACGGUCCACCCCCCGACGGCAGAGAUUCGAGCCACGGCGCCCUCCGUCCCCACCUCCCGAGCGCUUUCCUUCCGCCGUCCCCCCUUUCCCGGGACUCCCCGCUGUGCUCCGCCACGCCGGACGGCCUUGGGUACGUCACGCAGCCUCUCUGGACUUCUGUUUCUUCCCCUGGAAAUAAAAGGGAACCUCUACGCUC